GUCUUCGCGCGGAACCUGCCCUACGACGCGGGCGAGGACGCCGUCCGCCGCGCGUUCGCGCGCUACGGCGCCGUCGCCGACGUCCGCCUCGCGGUCUGGAACCACACGCAGCGGCGCAAGGGCUUCGGCUACGUCCAGUUCGUCAAGGAGGCCGCCGCCGAGGCCGCCGUCCGCGGCCAGCCGGCCGUCGAGGUCGACGGCCGGGCGGUGGCCUGCGACUACGACGACCGCGGCGCGCCCCGGGGGUCCUACCGCGCGGGCGCCGGC